UCGGUAGCUAUUGUUACAAUUUUAUAUUGGAAUUUUACAGGUUCCUACAUGAAGUAACUGCAAAUUGUCAAUUUUCCACGAGGUUUGGUUCAAAUUUGAAACAUAAAAGUGAAAAUACUCGAUUUUGGAACGUUUUUUGCAGGAAAACGGCCGCACGAGGUGAAAAUGAGUAGUCCUGAGAAGAGUGCUUCCUUUGAAAAGAAAAUAGCCAAACAAAUUGAGUAUUACUUUGGGGAUAAAAAUCUACCCAAGGAUAAGUUCCUCCUUCAAAAGUUGGAAGAAGAUAAUGGUUGGGUAACCAUGGAUUGUCUUAUGACAUUUGCCCGCUUGAAGACUAUGGUUUAUGAUUUGAUUGGACAUGCUUUACGUACACAUGGGACUGGUCUGAUGGAGAUAAACGAAGAAAACACCAAGAUGCGUAGAAUAAAACCAAUGCCAGAAAUUAACAUGGAAUAUAACUUGGCAUCACGAAACAAAUCAAUCUACUGUAAAGGUUUUCCGGAAUCUGCAACCUUAGAUGAACUCGAAGAAUUCUUUGAAUCUAAAGGAAAGUGUGUAAAUAUUGUCAUGAGACGGACCUAUGAUGAGAAGAAAAACUUCAAAGGUUCAGUUUUUGUUGAAUUCGAAACCAAGGAUGAAGCAGUUGCAUUUGUUGCAAGCAAGGAUCUGAAAUUCAAAGACAAUGAGCUUACAUACAUGAGAAAAGAAGACUACUUCAAAGGCAAAAGAGCAGAAAGUAAAAAUGGCGAACAUGGAGCAACGCCAACAAAGGACCACAAUAAAAGCACAGAUAAAGAAGAUACUCAAAAGGAUGAAGAAUGCCCAAAAGGUCGUGUGAUUCAUUUUGCAGGAGCAGGGGAUCAGACAACCCGCGAGGAUAUCAAAGAAACUUUCUCCCUUGAAACUUACAAAGUGAGAUGGGUUGAUUUCAGCAUUGGAGAUAAAGAGGGGUUCAUUUGCUAUGAGAAUGAUGGUGAUGCCGAAAAGGCAUUGAAAGUUGUACUGGAGAAAAAUGAAAAUAAAGUAAACUUACGUGGUGUAGAAACAACUCUACGUGUGAUCGAAGGAGAUGAAGAGAAGGGUUACUGGAAGAAGUCAAAAGAGGAGUUUGACAAACAUGUCAGAGAAAUAAGAGAGGAGGAAAGAGACAACAACACUGGAAACAUGGCAAACGAGGUAGACAUGAUGGCCAUUCAAAUGAUGAACCACCUGUAAAACAAGCUAAGCCAGACACCUAAGUAUAUCUAACAAAGUCUAUCUAUACAAAGUA